AGCCAGGGGGGGGCGGGCCACCCCCGCCGCGCGGCGACUGCGAUGGCGGCAGCUUCCCAGGGCCAUGCCUUCGCGCCCGCGCCGCGGGCGGCGCGGUCGUCGCUGUCCAGGGCCUGCUGCAGGGUGGUCGACGGGCCGGACGAGCGCUCCUGGCUGCCCUCGAAGGGGCCGCGGCACGGCCCCGCCAGCAGGGCCCACGAGGCACCUGCCCGCCGUGUCUGGGACCCGGAGCCUGCGUCCUGGGCGCCCUCGCGGAGGAUGCUCAACACGUGGCACGCGAGCGUGAGCUCGGAGGUCUUCGCGGUUCCGACGCCCUCCCGAAGGCGCUUCGAGCGGAACCUGUGGAUGGAGAGCGACGAGCAGGCUCCCCCGGCCUGCGCCUGGUCUGGCGGCUCGUCCACGCGGCCCUCUUCCAAGAGGAGGGGUUUCGCCCGGACCAUGCUGGCGGAGAGCGACCCGGGGGCAGAGGCGCGGGCGCCGCCGCCGCCGCAGAAGAGACACGUCCCGCCGCCGCCUGGGCACUUCGCCGGGUCGGCGCCGCAGGAGGUGAUUCCCUCCGAUCCAGAGCCGGCGCGCAGACGACGGCCGCCGCCGCUGGCGCCAGGCGAGUGCCAGGACAGCAGCGCCUGCGGCCGCCCCAGGGGCAUGCGCCACUUUGCGCCGCGGGACCAGCUUGUCGGCGGCAUCCAGUGCCUGGCCGACAAUCUGGCAGCCAAGGCGGCGCGCGGCCGCCCGAGCUCGGCGCCCGCGCGCGGCCGCAGGGCCUCGGCGCCCGCCGCCGUGCGGGCGCCGUGGGCGUAGCCGCGGCGCCGGGCGCCGGCGGCGCUGCGCCCGCUGGCGGAGACCAGCCCUGCUGGGGGUCGAGGAGGUCAGCCCUUCCAGGGGAGCCAACAAUGACAGCCCUUCCCAAGGUGGUCCCCCUCCGCCCAACGGCUACGCCUGCUCCGCGGGCACAGAGUCGACAGGAACACAGGAACACAGGUCAGCCCUUCUAGGGGGGCGAACAAUGAGAGCCCUUCUAGGGGAGCGCCGUCGGCGCUGCGCCUGCUGGUGGAGAUCAGCCCUUCUUGGGGAGCGAACAGUGGCACAAACAGAAAGACUCGGAGGUCCGCGCGGAGUCCCUGGAUCCCGCUCCCUGGCGCGCGGAGCGCGCCAGGGGGUCCCAGCGCCCAUCCGAGAAGUCCGCGCGGAGCUCCGAGUUUUUCUGUUUGUGUCAUUGUUCGUUCCCCUAGAUAAGGUGAGCUCCAUUUCUUGUACUGUCCCUGUUCGGGGCCGUUCCAGAAAUGUGUCUUCCUCACCUUUCCCGUGGCAGCUCCCUGUGGAACUCUUCGCCCCGGCCCGUAUCAGGACGAUGUCUUCCUCAGUUUGCUUUUCGCCGACGCUGACCCCCAGAAGUCUGACUCCCAGUGGCGGGCGAAUGAUUUGGCGCUGAUCAUCGGGGGUAACGUCAGGGAGAGGUACAGUCGGCCCAGAUUAGUAGGUCGACCCUGCCAAAUCAAGGGUACUCUUGUGUCCUGUGCAUCGCGCGUCGUGUCCUCUGCAGUCCUGGGAAGAGGCCAUGUUUGAGGCCAUGUUGCAGGCACCCUUAUUGGAGGCCAUGUUGCCGUCGGACUAGUCUCGUGUCCCGUCGCGCGUCCUGUGCAAACAAGUCUGCCUGUAGGCUCAGCGGCAACGCUGCGGGGGGAGAUGCCCCCAGAUCCCGGCGCUGCAUAUUUUUUUUCCCAGCGGGCGUUCUCGCCCGAGGUCAGGCCCCCUGGGGACCGUCGCAGCUCGAUCCGGCUCUCUGGGACCAUCGCAGCAAUGCUGCAGAAAGCUGGUGUCCAGGGCUCCGGUCGUGAUAUUUCGCGACGCUGUAAAUUGUUCGCGACAUCCGGGGGGGAUGAGGUCAGGGGCAGCGUUGCUCACAGGAGGGCGUGCUGGGACAACGGUGGUCGGCCUUUGACGGGGCCCUCGUCACCACGGCUGGACGUAGCUCGG